AUGAAUAUGUCUAGCACAGCUGCAGUGGCAGUAGUAGCAAUUGGGCUCGUAUUUUUGACCUUCGCGGGCCAAUGCUCCGGUGCACUGGAGGUAGGAUUCUACCAGGGAAAAUGCGGCCGGUUUGUCGAUGUUGAAGGUAUUGUAGCCGGCGUAGUCAAGACAAAAUUUUUCAGGGACCGGACAAUCGCUGCUGCCCUCAUCCGCAUGCAGUUUCAUGAUUGCUUUGUCAAUGGAUGUGAUGCAUCCAUUCUAUUAGAUGGAAGCACCAGCGAGAAAACCGCUCCUCCAAAUCUAAGCGUACGGGGUUUUGAUAUCAUUGACACCGCAAAGACUGCCGUGGAAAGUGUAUGCCGGGGAGUUGUCUCUUGCGCUGAUAUCAUUGCCAUUGCUACCAGAGAAGCUGUUUAUUUGAGCGGAGGAGGGCGAUACAAUGUUCAAACAGGGAGAAGGGAUGGCUUGAUAUCCCUUGCAGCAAAUGUUGACCUCCCAGCUCCCUCAAUAUCAGUGCCUGAUUCAGUUGCAGCAUUUGCUAGAAAAGGACUCAAUAUGACUGAUAUGGUUCAUCUUCUUGGUGGUCACACUGUUGGGGUGGCACAUUGUUUUCUCUUCCAAGAUCGUCUUUACAAUUUCCAGAACACUGGAAAACCUGACCCCGAUAUGAAUGUAGCGUUACUAGAAAGCCUGAGACGUAUCUGCCCUCAAAACUCAGCUGGCACCAAUGCUACUAAUUUGGACCAGAACCCUCAAAGUUCGUUUAUUGUCGAUAACUCGUUCUACAAGGAGAUAAUAGCCCGUAGAGGAAUUCUUCAAAUUGACCAAGAGCUAGCUUUGGACCCCAUAACUCAGGCCACAGUGACCGCCUUAGCGAAUAACAGUACUAACAGCUUCGCCACUAAAUUCGGGCAGGCCAUGGUUAAGUUGGGAGCAGUUGAAGUCCUUACUGGCUCACAAGGGGAGAUUAGGAGAUCAUGCCGGGCAGUUAAUAAACCUGGUUUUUUAACUUUUAAUUGA